CGGCAGGACACAGCAGGACAAAAGAAGAAAACUCUUUUUUGGACUAACGUCGGGAAGCGCCCUGAUCCUUCUUUCUCUUUCAUUCGGUCCAGACACCAGUUGAGGAAGUAGAAAGGAAGGAGACAACAUGGCGUCGCAUAAGGCUACGCACGGGCAGGAUGAGAAGGUCAUCAGCGGAAAACCACCCAGUGUUUCGGAAGGCGACUAUCUGAAGGAGUAUGACAUUCCUGCGAGACCAAGGGGUACCGAAAUGGACCAACCUCUGCCUUCCGAGAAGGGUCAUUCAGAGCCAGUGCUGGACGACAAGGAGACUGCUGCUCGGAUAGGGGAUGCUUCAAGGCAGGGAGACGACAACAACCCCAACGACAACCCCAAUCCAGUGAAAGCAGCAGGAGGCAACUUCGAGCAGCGAUUGUCUGACAAAGAACAAGAUGACCAAGUAGACUUGUCGGCUCAGCAGACGGCGCUUGGUCCGAAUGUUUCUUCGAACGACGAGUGAAAAGAAAAGAGUGGUUCAGAAAAGGUUUUUGAGGCAAUGACGUGAAGGAGGCAAAGCCUAGGAACAGUAGUAGGAAUGCCCCCGUACCUAACCCGGUUGGUUUAGACAUCAGAGUGACGGUCUCGUCAAAGUCGAGUCUGUGAUGUUUGUAUCUGAGAAGUUUUUGUAUAUGUUCGACUUUUCACUGGCCAGCUGCGUGCUUUUCGUGUGCGUAUUCAAUGCCCGGGUCGAAAGAUAUUUCCCCUACACGACUUGCAGAAGUCUAACCCCCGACGGUGGUGCUCACUUGGAGCUUAGACCGUUAUGAUUGCUCAGAUUGAACCCAUCAGAAUGAAAACCGCUGGCUCAAGGUGGAGAUGUCGUCUAUCGUAGGAAUUAGAGCAUAGCAGCUUUUUUAAGUGCGAUUGAGUCUCUCCUUCUGAUUUAAGGCUAAGCUUCGCGCCCCUUUGCGCACGCAGAACGAUAUUGUGAAUAUGCAUUCUGGAGCUUGCGCUUGCAUGUUAGAAUCCUCAGUACAAGCUGGAUCGUGUAUUCGUGCAUUCGUUGGAAGACUCGAGCCUUUGAAUCAACUUGC